CAAAACUGGGUUGCCGCGCGCGGUCGACGACGACGCGCGUACCGCGCACACAUCACUGCCGGCUCCACCCUCCUGCCGCGGCCGCCGCGCUUCUGCUGCUGCUGCUGCUGUACACCACCCUGUGUGCUGCUGCUCCUGCUCUUGCUCCUGCCGCUUCCAACUACUACGGCGACGACGACGACGACGACUACGACGACGGCGGCGGCGGCGACUACGACACCGACACCGCCACCACCACCACUACCACCUCAACCGACGCGGCCGCGCUUCCUCGUCCACAUCAACCGCCGCGCUCCCGCGACCACCUCGGCCGUGCACCUCGUCGGCGGCAGUAGUAUCCGCGUCCCCGGACAUAACGUCCGUCCGCCGGUUGUGUCCGCUCACGUCGUUUGCCGCGUAUAAUAUAUAUAUACCAUCUAUAUAUCAUACACGACGUGUUUUGACCACAGUAGUGCAGCAUUAUAUAUAGAAUAACGUCUAGCGAAAUUGUCCUUUUAAUAUAUAUAUAUAUAUAAAUAUAUAUAAUAUUAUAAGAGUGUGCGCGGGGUGUGUGUAAACACACGGACAACAGUUGUCUCGCGUGAGACCACAAUAACUGUUUUCAGCCGACCACGACGACGGGGUGCAGGUUGUGUGUGCAAAAACCGUGAACGUUUUCUCUUAUCUUACACAUAUACCUUUUUAUAUAUAUUUAAUAUUUAAAUUUAUCAUCCGUCCGCAUUACACAAUACUGCACGUGCGAGGAAUAUCCGGUACCGCGUACCAUCGACUCUAAAUGAGUUACCGUCGGCUGCAACAGCGGCGUAGGAGGGCAAUCGUCUCGUGUUCCACAAAUACAUCGUUCCCCCGGUGCACUGGCGGUGGCGGUACGACACCGGCGCGAACAGCAGCUUCAGAGGGUGGUAGGUAGUGCGUCUGCAUCAGCAUCCACGACGAUAUCGUCAUAAUCUGCCGAGACGACCGGCGCGUUAUAUACACGCACACUAUUGCUCACGACGCAACGCUUAGUGCUCAAUAUAACUGUAACCAAACCAUUUUCAAUCUCAAAUAUAAUUUAAAUACAAAAUAUAUUUAUUAUUAAUAUUAUACGAUCGCCGUGAGUAUACACGCGUAUAGUACAUAGGUAUAGUACAUAAUACACACUGCUGCGCCUUUCCAGUGCCUAUAAUAUUAUAAUAUUCAUACGGAGUCCACACCGAGCGUUUCGAUGGACAACCACAACAACACCACUACCACUUUCCUGCCACCACCCAUCGACGGUGAGGCGUCGGCGCCGCUCGCGCAACCCGACGACGAUUUCGUGGUGCCCCUUUCAGCGGCCGGUACCCCCAAUACGCCGGCCGACGACGGUGGCACUGGAUCUACCGUGUCGCCCGUGUCUCCUGUCCACCUCAAUCGUCAGCAACACGGCGCAAUGAUGAUGGACGACGAUCAGGCGGCCAACACUGCCGCCGAUAGCGGUGCGACGGACGACAGCUCCGUGCUGUUGCCGCCGCCCGACGAGACGGAAAACGAAGAGAAACCGAACAAAGACAACGCGGACGACGAAGACAACGGUGGCGACAACAACGACGAGGCCGCCGACGACGAUGACCAGGUGCCCGUUCUGGCCAUGUCCGGUAUUCUGCCGGCCACGGCUACUGGCGGUGGCCAGAUUUCUGACUCGAAGAAAAACGCCGGCGGACCGAACGACUCGCUGGCCGGCGGUGGAACUGGGACCGGAAACGGAGAAAAUAAAUCCAAAGAGAAAUCACGUUAUACGACUGGUAGCGGCACAGGAGCCGGGACGGAUGCAGAAGAUUCCGGAACAAACAAUCCGCAGACGGCUUUGGGAUGUGGGACUACGUUUGAAUACGUAGUACUGGUAACGGCGUGCUCAUUUCUGCUUGUGGCUGUCACCGGCACCACUGUUUAUUGGACCAUGGCCUACCGAGGUGGAUACGACCCCAACUGGUUUCCCUGGCCACCACAGACCCCAUUGCAAAUGUUAUCCAUCGGCGUAUUUACUUAUAAGCACCCGCAAAACAUCACUACCGGUGGAAGCGACAUCAGUACGACAAUUUCAACGACCACGGUGGAACAGCAACAAUCUUCACUGUUAAACAUAUCGUCUUCAAACGUUUCGAUCGAAGAUCAGCGGUUCAACCUACACCCUACUCUGAUGACGAUCGGAUUCGUCACCUUAACCGGAUUCUCUAUAUUGGUGUACAGAAUGGCCGCUGGAUGUUCGACUUCGUGCAGGGGUAGUUAUGUGAAAUUAACACACGGACUAUUGCAUAUGGGCACCAUACCGUGUGUAUUGUUUGGAGGUGUGGCCGCCAUGGAAUAUCAUCGUUUGAAAGGUUUACCGCAUAUGUACUCGUUACACAGUUGGAUGGGAUUGUUGACCCUUAUGCUUUUUGCAAUUCAGCUCAUCCUUGGAUUGUUCACGUUCGUUGUGCUGUUGUGUUGUCGCGGUGCAACGGCUGUGUGUCGCUUACGAUGUUUUACGCCCAUACACGCCACCCUUGGACUGUGCACGUUCACACUGGCCAUAGCUACAUGUCUCACCGGACUUCAGCAACGCGCCGACUUCUCGAUAUUCAGCAAUAAUAAUGGAGGCGGCGAACAGACAUUAUCCGAGUUGAUCAAACAAAAGUUACACUUGAACAAGGAACCGGUAGUGGUUAAUGUGUUGGCCGUUUUGUUGGUAUCCGUACUGGUAAUUGUGUCGUAUACGGUACGCCGAGAGUCACUGAAGCGGAGGCCAAACAACAAACCGUCAUACACGGCGACAGUCAGUCCACUGCGCGUAAAAUCUUCGUCGUCGUCUACAGGAAAGUUUGGAUCGGGAAAGCAAUCGUCGCAGCCUCCGGUUUGAGGAGCAUAUACACACAUUCGGACAUUCCGCAACGAUUUCUGCCAUCACUUCUAUAUUUAAUACAAACAAAAUACAAUUAAUAACAAAAGUACAACAAAUUGUCAUCGUCGUGUAAUCGGUCUUAUACUAUAUUUAUAGAAAUAAUAUACAUUCUAAAAUUUGUUUCUCCUAUAUCAUCGCAACCGGCCUACAUUUUCAUUUCCAUUUUCAUAUUUAUUUGUUUUUUAUCUAUAAUAAUAAGUUAUAAGUACUCGAUAUUAUACGUUAACAUUCAUCGGCCGUGACAUUGCGCAAUUAUUAAUGAAAGCUUUAAGUAACAUUAACAUUAUUAUCUCUGUGUUCCACAUUCCUAUUUGUCUUCCUAUUUCCACAUUUAUCUUUAGAUAGAUACUAUUAUGCGUUUAUUUUUGUGAAUAUGACAAAUCGCUAUAACUUACCGAAAUUGAAGUAAUACCUACUUCAGAUCGAGUUUAUUAUAUUCACACGUGUAUCUAUAGUUAAUAGUAUAGUAGGUAUUAACCUACAUAAUAACGUAGUUAGACAAUGAUACAGUUAAAUGGAAUCGACUUUUUUUUUUAAAUAUCGCGUCAUUUCUACUAUUGAUGUUUAUGUUUAUACACGCACUUGUACACUCGCAUGUGUACUUAUGUGUGUGUACGCGUGUGUUAGAUUACUAAAUUAUAAUUACCUAUGGAAUUUUUUUUUACAACAACGUACCUAUUUGAUAAAUGUAUAUAGGAUUAAGAAAAAAAACAAUACGUUCGGCACGCGUGUGUUUGCAAUAUUACAACUAAACAGUGUCUAUCAAUUUAUAUAUAUAAUGUUCAUAAAAAAGUAAAAAACACAACAUUAAUUAUGUGUGAAGGUUUAGAAUAAACAAUUUAAAACAAUUCGACCAAAUUUAAAACAAUCGCGAGUUUUACACAUUAUUGGAUGUAAAAUUAUUAUAUACUAUUAUUAUUUAUUAUAAUUAUCAUUAGCAUUUUGUGUGUGUGUGUGUGUGUGACUUUUUUCAAAAAUAUAAAUACAUUUAACUAUAAGAUAAGUUAUUAUUAUCGAAACUAUACUAAUAUAUUAUUUAUAAAUUAUUAAUGUUUUUCGUAAUAUUUGUAUUUGAAUUUUUAACAAAAACAACAUAGAAUAUUAUUACUAUAUAAAUAUAUAUGAGUAGUCAAGAAACAUAGAGAUUAUUAUUAUCAUUAUUAUAUAUAAUAUAUAUAUAUAUAAUAUAUACAUAUAUUUAUAUUUAUAUAUAUAUAUGUGUGUAUUUAUAUAUAUUUAUUAUAUAUUUAUAUUAAUAUAUUAUUGUUUUUGUUAUUGAUAAUUUUUUUUUAUUAUUAUUAUUACUAUUUAUAUUUCUAAUUUAUUGUACGUUUUUUUUUUGGGGUGUUGUAAUUAAUUUUAUUAUAAAUAGCUAGAAAAAAAAUUUUAGAAUUUUUACAAAGAAACUUACGCGUACUAUAUACCAUUAUUAAUUAUAGCUACUACAAGUACCGAUUUAUUAUUAUUAUUAUUAUUAUUAUCUAGCAUAAUAUAAUUAAUAUGUGUAUUAUAUAUAUAUUAUAAUAUUACAUAUACAUAUUACUAUUAACAUAAGUAUAACUAGUUGUUUUACUAUAUAAUAAAUGAUAAAUACAUUUUCAAAAAUUCUUUAUGUGUAUUA